AUUUUGUGCACGCACCCCAAGCUCCCAUGCACUGCGAGGCGCGCUCCUCCACAGCAAGCAUCAAAGCCUUCACAUCAAGACAGACAGGAAGAAGAAGGCACAUCUAAUGGCAAGAUAGCCGACUCCUCUGCAGGCAUCGAUAUAAAUUUAUCAUGGAUGAGAAAUCCUUUUGCAAACGGAUUUUGUUGCGUGCACUACAAUAGAGCUGUCCUAUGGCGGACGCUGGCUCGCCUUGUGCCGUCGCCCAUCUGAUCCGCUGUGAGCGAAAAUAAUUCGACGUGAUAUGGCAAACCAACGCCGACCAUCACUGCUCGCCUUAUUGGCACUCUUGCUGAGCGCACUGAUACUCCAGACAGCUGGGUCUCAUCGCAGAGGCUCGGCAUCAUCAUCAUCAUCAUCACCAUCGACAUCCCCAUCAGCGGUGAGAGGUAGGAAUAAUGAGGGGACGGUCUCUAACUGGCUCAGACCGACUCCCAGCUCCAUUCAGGGCAAUCACAGCCUCGACAGCAGGCCAUCAGCGAGGCUUAAAGAGAUAACGAGCCACCUGAAAAGCCUCUCGGUCAACACCAGCCGAGACAGUAAUGUUACAGUCACACCUGAGAGAGCUGGACCCGCUCCGAGGCCAGGACCAGACGAGGGACCGUCACCAGUAUGUGCCUACAGAGUGAUAGAGGGAGGCAUUUGGGGACAGCUGUGUUUUCGAGACACGCUGUUUGGGUACAGGUGCAACGCGGGGGACUGCAGGACAUCGGUAUCUUUCGGGAAUCUUGUGGCACAUAUCCUCCUAAAUGGCAGCGUACUGUUACAGUGGACCCACGAGGGAGAAUUCGCCGUGACGGACCGACACACGGAGACUGCAGGGACCGCAGCCCGCGAGGGAAGUAGCGGGAGUCCGAGGACGAGUUCAGCACGGGACACUUCCAACAUUGUUUUCGAAGAGCCACGCCAGAAACGUAGCGGCUUCGAGUUAAGCUGCUGGUGGAAUGGAAGCUACACCCAGUUCGAGUGUGCCAGUGUGCAUCUUGGGACGGGCUGCAGGGACUUUCUCCUGUCCGAGCUGCACGAGAACAUCCCAUACCGCAUCUGUCUGCGCUCCUUGGCCCACUCGGCCACAGACAAGAGAGCAGCACACCAGCGGGACUGUGUGGAGUUUACCCUGCCGCCCUCUGGGAUGCAGGACAUUGUGAUCGCCAUGACAACGGUGGGGGGAGCCAUUUGUGUGAUGCUGGUGAUCAUUUGUCUGCUGGUGGCAUACAUCACGGAAAACAUCAUGAGCCCAGCGACACAGCACACGUACCCCUACCGCACUCACUCACAUCACUGAUGCACUAUGAAAGAAAAGGCCACAUGAACAUGUUUUUCACAGCCAUAGUCACUGUCAGUGGGCUACAUUUCAACAUGAUGUUCUAACUAUGACCAAACUGAAGCACAAUCUACUGUGUCUCUAGAAAUAAGAUGCCAUGUCAAGUUUUGCCAAGGUGUGCUGAAGUAUACAGUUAGUGCAGUAGUUUGCUGUGUGUUUUUUUGCUCAGUUUCUGCCAUGUAGGCAGGGUUAAACAGCAAUACAAAUAGCCCAAUAAAUGUCUCUGUUGCGAAAUGUGCGGCCUGUGACAGUUUCCUAGGACCGAGUAAAUAAAUGAAUCCUGAAUUACAUGGUUUUCUUGGUCAUGUCAUCCAUCCUCUGGUUUCACUUUUUGUUUGUGUCCAGUGGGCAGAAUAUUUGUUUCAUAUUGCGAAGGCAAUACAAUGUACUGAAGUGUAAGAUCUCCAAAAACUGUGCCAAACAUGAAGUAGAACACAUUUUUGUCCUGCUGACUGCAAAUAAAGUACAAUGUGAUUGUUUUUAAUACUUUAGAUUUGCCAGUUA